AUGGCCGAACCGGAUUCCUUCAACCAACCGGGCUCCGCCGCCGCCGCCCUUUACGGCGAGAGCACGACCUACAGACAGACCAGCUACAGCCUCAAAGUCGUCGCCUGUCGUCAGCACAAUCCCACACCCCGUCUCCCCAGCCACCGCCGAGCAUCGAGGAGCACACGUUACCGGGCAUUGGCCAACAGCAGCAGCAUCAACGACAAGGUCAAGAAGGAGAGGACGGUGGAGGAGAGCGAGGGGGCGGGGUCCCAGCCAUCGUUCUCUCCCCUCUUCACUCUUCUCUCCUCCAGCACCCACUCCUCCCAGCGCCAGACCAUCCAUCAUCCAACCGUUCACUACGUCUUUGCCGACGACGACCCCGACAUCCUCGCCGCCGCACUAGCGUACCAUCACCGGGGAGGAAGUGAACAAGAUGCCACGUCAAGUCCAGACGACGAUGAAAGAGCCUACAACAGGGAGCCAAGGGAUCGCGCCGUGAUCCUCGACAUGGCGUCCUCCUCGAACGGCAAUGGGCUCCAGGUGGCAUGGGCAAGUAGCCUGUCUCCCGACUGGGCAGUGGUCUCGGCACAAGUGAUGCGGAUGGAAGAUCAAGCCAACAGUAGCAGCGGUGGUGCCAAUGCCGCAGCAGGUGGAGGAGUUUUCGCAGCAUCGUCACCAAGUCUACAUACUGGUCCAUUGAUGCUCAAGAUCGAAGGCGUGGCCAUUGAGCCUCCGUCGUCGUCCUCGUCAGGAUCACCGUUAUCGUCAUUGCGUUUGGGCGGUGGCGGCGGGAGACUGUCAUCCACUCCAGAUGGUGAUUUGCAGUCUUCUCUGACGGGCAAGGGCAAGCAAGCUGCGACGGCGGCCCCUGCGCCUGAAGAAUACCCAACUCUGCUGCAAGACUUUGAGAGGCGAAUAGAAAUGCUAAAGCGGGUCGCCGAGGCUGGUUCAGAGAGGCAAAGACGUAUAGUUUCCAUGGAUCACCCAGCAUUCGACCAUGAUCACGCCGAUGGCCGAGGUAGCGGGAAAGCCGAUGUACCCCUUGUCGAGAUGCGAGAAGCUGGGGAUAUGGGUGCUCAAGAUUGA